UGUGUAGAAAUAACUCAAUAAUCUUGAGAGAAAGAGGGUGAUCAAUGUAGAUUUCAUGUGAAAUGGGAAUAUGCAAAAUGCUAUUUCUAUUGUGGUUGAAAAAGUAGAGGGGGUGAAAAGUAAAUAUCACAAUGUUCACCUAAACUACAGACCAGACUGGAGACGCAACAGUGAAGCUGUCAACAAGAAAAAACGGAGUAGAAUUCUUCUUAAGGAAGCUCAAGUUUGUACCAAGAUAUGUUUGGUGAUAUGUUUGCACCAAGAUGCAAAAUAUCAGAGCCAAUAUCAAAUGAGUGUGCAAUGAUAAACGCUUCAUAAAAUAAGAGAAUAAUUGACAACAACAAAGUUUCUUCAGUCAGAGGCGUAUUGGCAUUUGCUGUGUUACAGGCAGGUACAGAUGAAUCUUCCUGUCAACAGCCGACAUCAUAUCUAAAGAAGCAUUUGAAGAGUUACUACAACGUUUAUGUCCUUGCCUCGCAAAGCACUGUGACUUUUAGCAGUAACUCAGCUAUACAGGUAGCUAAACACUUUCCCAUCCGUCCACCAAGACGCACUCCAUGUGGUUCUUUAGCAGGGUUUAAUGAGGAUCGUGUAAAACUGUAACACACAAAGGUACAGAAAAUGAAUGCCAGCUAGGCUAACAUAUUGGGCUGACAUAAGUAAAUGUCUAUCUUCACAUAAACAUGUCAACGGGUUACAAAUUAUGAUUUAUAUGACAAGCAAAUUAGAACAGUACUUACAGACGAUGCUGUUUUCCCUUUUUCGCAUUUAGAUUAACGAAAACACAACAAAAAGGGCUUCUUUCGGAGCACAUGGAUCAACAGGCCUUCUUCUUCUUCUUUUUGAUUUAUUUUAAUGGCGGUUGGCAAGCAACUUAAUGGCGUGCAUUACCGCCACCUACUGGUAUGGAGAUCAACAGACCUUCCUUUCUGAUAAACAAGUUGUAGUAAUAAAAGUGACCACAAGACGGCGUCAGUGAACCAGCAAUAGACAAAAUUAUAACAUUUGCCACUAGGUGGCCUCAGCAGAUGAACUUAACAUUGAAUAACAUUAAAUUAAACAGGUUUCACUACAGUUUAUGUUUCUCUUUGGGUCAAAUAGUUUCAUUAAAGUGAAUUUAGUUUAAUCUUAAGCAGCCAAUCAACAAAUUCUAUAGACUUGUUACUUAAAGUAUGGGUCAAAACUUUAACCAUCUCUCAGCUUUGCAUCAUAGUCAAACUUUGAUGGAUAGCAGAAGAUUCUAGUUGUGUUAAUAUUUCUUUUACUUCUAAACAACAUUUCCCAAAAUCAGUUUGAGUACGAUUUCCUUUUAGCACUUUUGUACAUAUUGCUUAUUUUCCAUUUAAAAUCUUUUAAUCUUGUUUGAAGACUUGAUUCCCUAAAUUCUAGUCCAGACCUUAUUUUGUAUAAUUAUUUGCGCAGUGCAGCAUCUGUGCUACGGAUGAAUGCAAGGUCAGGAGAAACCAUCAAUCUGAAUAGUGACUGCAUAUUUGAACCAGAGUUACUGUUUCCAUAACUAGAGAAGUAAAAAUACACCAAAAGAAGCCCAGAAGCUUACAGUGUCAUGCUAUCAUCAUGGGCUUUCCCAAAAGGUUCUAAGGCAUAUCUAAUAUUCUGAGUUUGAAUAAGUAAAUAAUCCCCAAGGAUAACUAGUUAAAAUACCAGUAAAAACAUGUAAAAAGUAAGGAUAACUGUAUGCUGAUUACCUGGUUACCAUUUCCCUACUGUACUGCCUUAGCUUGUAAAAGUUAAGCAGUUAGAGUGUGAUGUUGAAACCUAGAAAUAAGUUGUGAUGAUUGCCACAUCUAAGGAGGAGGAUGAGAUAAAAAAAAAUGAAAAAGAAAAUGUAAUUGUUUUGAGAUUAAGUUGAGAUCAAAUAUUAAACAUGAUGAGCAAAGGAACAUACAAAGGUCAAAUCAUCAGAAAGGAUCUGUGUGAAGAUAGAGCCCUGCAGCAACAGUUGUAAAUACAUGUGAGUUUGCUAGCAUGUAAAAGUGAAUUCAAAAUAUUUAGAAGCAGUUUUUUUCAGAGACUGUAAGGCAUAAACAUGGAACAACUAAAAAAAAGCCAAAAAUUAUAAAUUUCUGGUGACUCUUUAGAAAGUUUUGUACAAUUGGACUGUAAUGACACAAACUUAUACAAUGUACUAUUAUGGCUUAUGGAAAUCAAGUUUGUGGAGUAAAAGCUGUUCUUUUUUGCAUUUGUUUUAUAUGCUUUUGUUUUUUAUCUUAUUGUAUUUUUUGUUUUGUUUUGUUUUGCUGUUGUUGUUUCAGACCAUUGUUGCUGAUACAAUAUGAAAUCGGACUCUCUAAGAACUUAAUCCAAUAUUAAUUUUAUUUUUACUGGUCUUGACUAAACUUUGACCUCAUGUUUUCUAAUUAUUUCAUGGUAGAAGUUAUGGUUACCAAUAAUGCAAAACUUGUAUUGCAAACAAAAUUUUGAUUAAUCAUAUUUUGAGUAAACACACUAUGUGAUGCAAAAGCAAUGUACAAGUAAUAAGAUAAAAUGGAUUUUAAAUCUGUAAAUCUUGUAUCUUAUUUGGUAAGAUUUGGAUCUUUUGGACAUGACAGUAUGUACUCACUUGUACAUACUUACAAACUGAGUAUGUAAGUUUGUAUUGAAACUGACAAAUGAAAACUUGCCCUGCUCUGAAGCAUCAAACUUAAAACUUGUAGUGCGGUUGGUUUGAUUUAGACUCUUUACCAAAUCUCACCAUGUUGCAACAAUUCAAAAAGCCUAACUGUAUUUUGAACACUGGCGUCUGUAAAACCACAGAAUGAAACGUUCCAUUCAACCAGCCAAUCAACAGCUGCUUCUUCUUCAAUGGAAAGAUCUAUGUCAUCUUAUCGACCUCUAUAAACCUGUAAGCCUUUCUUUGAGCUCAACGUAACUUCCACCAUGGAUGGACUGCAGACGAUUUUGAUUUUUUUCUUAGGACUAAUAUUCUGCAGUCAUUAUUGCAUUUCUGAAUCAGUGCAGGAGGUGACCUUCAGACCUGGAGAAAACAUCACUCUAUACUGUGACUGCAAAGUAUCAACUGGAGUAUUUGUGAUCUGGUUCUUCAGGAACUGCUCCCUUAGAGAUCAGUCUCAUUAUGUUUUAACGGCUAUGAAUCAGUUAAAACCUGGAACAAAAUUUCCACGUUUGAAAUUUUUUAAAAAUGAAUCUUCAGAGUCUUAUGAUCUACUGGUUAUAAAUGCCACUAAUUCAGAUGUGGGCUUCUAUUACUGUGGAACCGAAGAGACAAAAGUGGAGAAAGACAAUGAGAAGAACAUCUUCCGUAAAGACAUUUUUACGUAUGGGAAUAUCUCUACAAAUCUCAUCCUCGACACCUGUGGAAGCUGUUCUGACUUUAAGAAGACAGUGGAUGACUGUGAUGACUGCUGGAAGCUGCUCUUCUCUCUGUGCCCGACUAUUUUUCUUCUCUCAGUUGUUUUCUCCUCACUUUUAAUUUACUUGCUUUGUCAGAAGACAGGUAAAGGAGAUCAAGACAACAAAAAUCAAUCUGAACAAAAAAGAUACACGGAAGAGACGCAGGAUGAAGACAUAUGCUAUGCUGCCUUGGAAGUCCAUCAGCUAUCAAAGAGACCAAAGAAGAAGACAGUGAAAGUCAAGUAUAGCGCCAAUGAAGAUUCACAUUCUCCUUGCAUGUAAUCCGACAAAGAUCAAUGUAUUCCCUUUUUUGUAUUGUCCUUCAAACCUAAACUUUGACAAAAGUUUUUCAUCCUUUUCAUAAAUGUUUCAUGGACAUUUUAACAUAUGGUUGAGGAAAAAUUAGGUUGCCUUGUUAAAUGCUUAUUUUUUUAAAUUAUUUUCACAUGUCUCAUAGCAAAAUAUAACUUCUGAAUAUAAGUAUUAUGUACAUUUAAUUUAAAAAGCCUUUGUGUUUGAUCAAGACACUUUCUUUUGUUUCUGUAAAAGAAAUUAUUUACUUAUGUCAAAAACAAACUAUGUUUUAUAAUAGCAAAGAAAAAAAGGUUUUCUAGCUGACAAACAUGUUAGGGAACCUUAUACUCUCUAGCUAGUGUUACACAUUUUACUUGAAAUAACUUCAGUUAGAAACUUCCCUGAACAGUCUAGCAGUCUAAAAGAAAGUUUGCCCCAAUCCUCAUUUGCAGCUUUGAUGUUUGAAAAGCUUCUUGCAUCUACAACCAUGAGGUUUCAGUUCAGAUCAAAAUCACAAGCUCAACUCAUGCCAGGACGUUUCAUAUUCCGAGUCUUAGAUGAUUUUACUCAUAUUUUGUGGGUAUUUGUAAUGUCAAAAGGUUUUGUUCCAUUUCAGCUUUUUAAAACAUUUUUUUCACAGAUAUUCUUACAUUUUCUUCAAACCACAUAAAAUUCAUGAUUAAUUAAAGCAUUCCCAAAAUCAUGACACCUCUUGCUCCGUACUCUUGGUGUAUGUCUUUCUUUUUCAUUUUUUUGUUUUUGUUUUUGCAUUUCAUUUAUGUCAUAUGUGUCCUAUAUGUGUCAUAUACAAACAAUUUCACUUUGGACUAAGCUGUCCAAAACAUGGUCUCUCUUUUAUGUGUAAGAGUUUCUAAAGAAGGCUACGUUUGAGCAGUCUCUUUGUUUUUCUGUCCACAGUAGCAAGAGUCUGCUAUGAAUUAUGUGUCAACAGCUUAGAGCAGUGGUCCCCAAACUACGGCCCGCGGGCCAGAUGCGGCCCGCCUCCACAUUUGGUC